ACCAGGCAGAGCUGAGUGGAUUGGGCCCAAGCAUGCCGUUGCUGCUGUUGCUGCUGACCUUGCUUCUCCCGUGUAGCCAGCAAAGGAGCGAGGCGGCCGUUUCUGACUACGAUGACUACAACCCAAACGGGACGGACGACGGCCCACCCGCCCGGCGGAACGGCCUCUGUCCACGCGCCAUCCCCGCCGAGGUGGUGACCGACGGGAGCAACGGCACCUUCCUGAUCCUUCCGGAAGCUUCCCGGGCCGUCCUGGGCAGCCCCCUGACCGUUGUCCUCCUCCCCGCCUUCUACACCCUAAUCUUCCUCGUGGGCCUCCCUGCCAACGCCCUGGCUCUGUGGGUGCUGGCCACGCGGGUGGAGAAGCAUCCGUCCACGGUGUUCCUGAUGAACCUGGCCACGGCCGACCUCCUGCUUGGGCUCCUCCUCCCCCUCAAGAUCUCUUACUACUUCUUGGGCAACCACUGGCCCUUCGGGGAGGCCACGUGCCGCUUCGCCACGGCCACCUUCUACGGGAACAUGUACUGCUCCAUCCUCCUGCUCGCCUGCAUUAGUACCGACCGCUACCUGGCUGUGGCCCACCCCUUCUUCGCCCGCUCCUGCCGCAGCCCGGCCGUCGCGGUGGCCACCUGUGCCGUGGUCUGGGGGGUGGCCCUCCUCUUCUCCCUCCCCUUGAUGCUCUUCCGGCAGUCCUUUCCCGUCCAGGGCACCCGACAGAUGCUGUGCCACGACGCCCUGCCAAGGGACCAGGAGGCCGAGUAUUACUACUACUACUUUGUCGCCCUCGUGGCCUGCGGCUUCCUGGCCCCGCUCCUCAUCAUUGUGCUCAGCGGCGGGGCCACGCUCCGUGUCCUGCUCAGCCACAGUGAAAGGUACGCCAGCGCCGUCAAGCUGACAGCGUUGGUUCUUGUCUCCGUGACCGUCUGCUACACCCCCAGCCAUGUCCUCCUCUUGCUCCACUACACUCGCCCUUGCUCCUGGGCCACGGGGACCCUCUACGUGGCCUACAUGGCCAGCCUGGCAUUGAGCACCUGCAACAGUUGCAUUGACCCCUUCAUCUACUGCUACGUCUCGGACGAAUUCCGGGCCAAAGUGAAGGGGCGGCUCUUUGGGCCACGGAAAAGCUCGGCCAUCUCCCUGAAAACCUCCAAGGAGACCUUGCCUUCCAGGAACUGCCUUUCUCCGGUGGCCAGUUCUGCUCAUCCAGGGUGAAAAUCCUUAUUUCUCAAUUUUUUCCCCUUUCAUUUUUAUAGUCUAAUGUUCACUAUUAUCCGCAUUUUUCAGCACCCGCGUGGGGCUGGGAACCAAUCCCCUGCAGC